AUGGAGCCGAAGUGGUGGAAAGGCUUGUUGAGCGGGUCGAAACUUGCACGGGCAUCUAGGAUCGUCGGGAUGCACUCCGUGGUUUACAAAAUUUGGCCAAAAAACAUCGUCUUGCACGAACUGGGAGAAAGACUUGCUGAGGUAAUGCUCAAGCGACCUCAAUUUAUUGCACCGGUUCUUGCCGUUUUGGAGCAAUAUGAGUUCGCUGUGAGACGUAUUUCGGUUCAAUUGCUCAGUGUUCACAUGUUCACGAUUCUUGUUCCGAAUCGAGAGGUUGUAACAACUACUUUGCGAGCUUUCACGAGCACAUUCCCAAUUGCAACAAAUGCCUAUGACAACGCUUUCUCCAUACACAUUGACAUUGUUGGCUCUGAGUCAAUUGACAGU